AUGAUGCCUCCCAAAAAUGUGAUGCUGAUUUUGCUGGCAUCUUUGUUAUUGUUUAUAACGAUUCAACGACUUCGUUCGUACGAAAACUUUACAUUGCUAAGGAAUUGCACGGCAGAGGAAAUAAAGGAAGAAGUCACUACAGCGCAGUCGGAGAAUAAGACUAUUGAAGUGCUAAUAAAGCCAGUGGUUGGGAUCAACGGGUUGGCAGCGCUGCCUCCGUUCAAGGAUAGUGUCACACAUAUGAUUGUAAGUUGUAGAAACAAGUCUCACACCCAUGUAAAUGGUACUAUACUAGGUAGGAAAAAAUUGAUGACAUGUUUUCACAAUCUAUCAACGCGCAAAAACCUUGUCGCAAAUCUUCAAAAAGGCGACAAAAUAAAAUUUAAAGUUCGUGACGGCCAGGCACAUUCAAUCCAAAAUAAAGUUUCAGCCCAGUUCGCUACACGGUACGAAAGCUGUCAAGGCUUUUUUGGAUUGCGUAGUAUUGAGCAGUAAAAAUAUUAUAAAAGCCCGUUUCUCAAAAAUCUAAAUGUGUUUUCAGUUCGCCGACCGCUACAAACUAGGGGCAUGCCUCCUGCCAAAAGUGAUGUCCACAGUUAUGACUGCCGUUCUGUGUUAUCUCAACGACGAUAAGGCGUUUCUCAAUGCAUCAAGAGACAUUGCAACGGAACGUUUUGGAAUUCGGUAGAUUUACAUAACUCUCUCUAACCUACAGUACGAUUUUUUAAUGCCUCAAAUUUCAAUUUUAGCUUCUGUGAAGAAAAAAUUGAGCGGUAUUCAAUGUCCAAAUUCGAGGACGAGUUCAACAAAGACCACAACUACACCAUGUUUACCGUGGUGAGAGAGCCGAUCGACCGAUUUCUUGCUGCAUUUGUGGACAAAUGCUAUUAGUAGGUGCUAAAGUUUUUCAUUGAAAAAUACCAUCAAUACAAAACAUUUUACUAGGCAGCUGCUGACGAUGUGAUACUCAGAAUCGUUUGAAAUUUUGGCACGAACGUUAAGACUAGGUCUUUUUCUAACUGCUGAAGAUUUCAGCUCGCUUUUUGCAAGGGCCGCCGAGAUAUUCACUCAUUUUUAUCGGCAUGAUGACAAAAAGUGAGGUGAAGAAAUUCGGGUUUGAAGCAUUCAGCUGCUGAUUUCUUUUAGCCAAUACAUCGUAGGAAAUUUUAAAACCCGAGUUUUGCAGCGACUUUCCAAAGCGUUUCGAAUGAUAUUUAGCACAUCCCAUUCGGAUUUGGCUGUAUUUUAUGCAGAUUCCUUAUAAAAAAAGUGAUUUUUUAUCAAAUAUUGGAAACCGAAUCAAUCUGAACUUUUAGUGAGCCUCGUCGAAGCACAAAUCAUUACGAUUGUUACGGAUGCGGGGAAAGUAUUAAGUGUUUCAUCAACCGAAUGCACACCCGAUUCUGGUAUUACUUGGGUGGCCGGCAUACCCUUGACGUGUUAGAUCACCAUGUCAUGCCACAAACUUGGUAAAUAUUUAAUUUUUUGUGUGAUUAGCGAUUAAAAUUGUAAUUUUUCAGCUUUACGGCAAAAAUCUUGACUCUCAGCACUUUCUAAAGUUAACUCUCUAUACAACAAACAAUUGCAGGCACUGCGAUAUGCAGCAUUAUCUACAGAAAUACAAAAUCCUCCGAUAUGUCAGCCACACUUCCGAAUCCUACAAUUCGUUCCUGAACGAGCUGAACUCAACUCUUACUGAGACGAAUGUGCCGCAAGCGCAAAGACAACACGUCCUCAAAGCCCUCUCCACAUCGUCAUCAUACCACACGACUACGGGGAAGUCGCAACGGCAGCUGUACGAGGAUCGAGUGAGAGGAAACCCGCAUUUAAUGGAGAAGUUGAUUAACAUUUAUUACUAUGAUUAUGUGACAUUUGGAUUUAAAAUCCCCGAGAUAAAUGUGUAG